GUUAGCCCAGUGGCCCACAACCGUUCCUGGUAUGGGAGUCGCCUUAGAUCUGGAAUGAUUUUGUUGCCCGCUGUUGAACUUUCUCCGACGCAGCUAUGUUUUUCUGAAGAUGAGGCUACAAGUUAUGUGUCUAUAUUAACACCAGGAAGGUUCACAGGCUACCAGGACAGUGAGGUUGGUGUGGUGUUGGUGGUGGUGCUGGUGGUGGCCAUGGGGAGCAGGUCGGCAGGUUACACGGGGCCUGGCCUGCACCAAGGCUUCGCCCUGCAGGCCAGCGACAACCUGCAAGCCCUCAAGCGCGGGUUCUGGGACAAGCGUGCUGAUGAUCUUCACCAACAGCAGGAGACGACCGAUCUCCAGCACCCUCUUCAGGAAGCCUGGAGGCCAGCCCAGCAGACAUUGUGGAGCAGGAAGCAGGAGGCCGUGGACAAACGGGGCUUUGGUUCCAUGAUGCCGGCUUACCUGGUACAGCUCUACCGUCCCGAGCAGCCCCUCAUCAACCCGUCCGCUCUCUUCACCUCCAGCAGGACCAUCGGUGACCGCGACAGGACCGACUACAGCAAUCGGGGAUAGGCGAGCGCUACCCCCUGCACGAGAAACAACCCGGGUUGAAGGUGGCCGGCGGCGGGGGUGGUAGACCCCGCCGCCAUGACACGCUCGCGCCUCAGCCUCGUAUAGUGUCCACAUAAUAUACUCCGAGAAGCUGUAGUCUUUGUGAAGGACUAUGUAUUAAUGAGGAUUUUAACAAAUCCAUGGAACUUAUAUACCUGAGGACCACACUCUGGGGGCCUUGGAGACUAUUAGCCGGCUGCUUGUCAUAGGUCCCCCUGUUUUUAAUCAUCACAUAUAUAAUUAUAUAUAUUAUAUAUAAUAUAAAUUAUAUAUAUAUAUAUAUAAUACACGUGAUGAUAGGUUCAUUCAUUUUAUAUAUUCCUUGUAUCACGUAACUUACAAGUGUGCAACAAUUGCUCUCGAAGGAUUGAAAGAAACUGCUUCAAAAUGAAAUAGAUAAUGCCAAACUAAUGCCGAAAUCAAAGAAUAAAGAAACUUUUGAAAUUAAAAUGCACCUUUA